UUGGGGAAAGAAGAGGGCGGAUGUGAAAGAUCCAGAGAACUACGUGCAGCAUUGGGGCGAUGUAUCUGGGACGGUUGUCCAGUUGAGGAAGUAUUGAGAUGUAGUGGGGCCAGGCAAUCACCCAGAAUGGAAUAGUUCAUAUCUUAAGCGCCGAAGUCAUCAAGUUCCAAGGGGCAAAUCAGCGCCCAUCUUUACCGAUUCAACUACCGUUUUGAGUCCGAAGUUUGGAAUGGCGAACGUCUCGCUACGCGACGAGGCUAUCUCUUUACUCGCUCAGUUUGCUCAACAUGAUGAUGCCAAUAUGCUUUUCCAAGCCAUAGCCAAUUUGAGGCAGGCACUAUCUCUGGAACCCUCAUCCCAUCCCGAUCGUCCUCUCACUCUGAAUAAGCUCGGAUGUGCAUUGAAGACGCAGCACGACGUAUCACCGGAUCUCAGCGUUCUGAAGGAGGCCAUCGGUUAUCAUCGAGAAUGCCUCCAGUACAGGCCCAAAGGACAUGAAAAUAGAAUCCAGACGCUGAACAACCUCGCCAUCGCUCUCAAAGCCCUUCGUGUCUCCGCCGAUGACAUGGAUGCUGGCAACGAAGCCAUAGCGUUGUUAUGGGAGGCCAUUACCACGCAUGAUUUCCCUGCAACGGUUCGCAGGGUGUGCAGUUUCAAUCUCCGAUGCGCAUUGAACGAACAUUACGCUCAAACCAGCCCUCGUAUGCAAGUGGAACAGCUGCGAGCUCUUAGCGUCGAGCAAACACUGCUAGUGGCAGAGCUACAGUCAGACUUCCAAGAGUAUGCAAUAGCUGAAUAUGAACUAGCACGCACACUCUAUGACAUCGCAGACUACGGGGCUGAUGUUGACGAGACCUUUUCUGGUCUUGAAAAAUCAAUCGACAUCUUCCGGCGUCUCUAUACGUUGUAUUUGCAUGAUCCGCCUUCCUUUCCUUCUGAAAUCGACCUUUUGGAUGUGGGCAAUGCGUUCAGAAAACGCUUUGAACUCAAACGUGACAUCGACGACAUUGACUUUGCGACUAUGGUAUUGGAAACACUACGCGCUGCCACGGAGGGUGUGCAUAUCGAAGCAUCAAUGAGCCUGGCAAUAUGCCUUUCGAGCAAAUUCAAGGUCGUGCCGUCUUUGAAUUUACUAGACCGGGCUUUUGGGAUCAACGAAUCCUUGCUCGAGCUACCUUUUGAUGUUAUAGACAUCAAGGAUCGUGCGCAAGUUUUACACGACAAAGGGUUUAUACAGCUUUACCGUUUCCGACAUUUGCAAAGUCGAGGCAAGGUGGACAAGACAUUGCUUUAUGACGCAAUCGAGUUCCAUGUGCAGGCGUUCUCCCUGUAUCUACUACCAUAUGAAGCCCGGUAUUACGACAUGCUUAAUCUUUCCAAUACCCUCCUUCACUUGUUUCGUGCUACCCGGCAACACAGCCUCGUCGAAGCGCAGGCUGUAGCUAUCGCAAACAUUAAAUCCCUUCCUCCUGACCACCCGCACCUGCAUAUUCUCAUGGUACAUCUGGAAGAAAUCAAUCAGCACUUUGACAAAUGGGUUUCAUAUCAGGAUGACCGUAUUCCUCGCGAGUACAUGAAAACAGCAAAAUCUGUUAGUGCGCCCAUCGUACAACGCGUUUGGGCCUUGGAUCAUCUCUGCACCUAUGCCCUUGUGGAUCCCGACAUGCAUGAUGAAGAUGCCGAGCAAGCUUUUCAGAUGGCCAUAGGCCUUCUACCUCAACUAGCAUUCAUCGGAUGGGACCUUGAAUCUCGAUACCGACGGCUGAGCUCCAUCGCUACGGUAUUCGCCUGCGAUGGCGCAGCAUGGGUGUUACGUAAAGGGAACAUAGGAAUGGCAGUAGAAUGGCUUGAACAAGGACGGUCUAUCCUCUGGCUGCAACUUCUUCAGUUUCGCCAACCGUUUGACGACGUAGUCCGGGAAUCCUUGCCGGAUGAGCUUGUCAGGCGUGCUAUCGAUGUCGCAAACAGGAUGGACCGUUCAGAAUGGGAGAACUCAGGGAGUACGCUUGAGCGGAUGGAUCUCGCAACGCAGUGGGAAGCCGUCAUAGCUGAAAUACGGCAAUACAAGGGAUUUGAAGAUUUCCAUCGUACGCUUCCCUUCUCUGAGCUGUUGGCGGUUGGAGAAGAAGGGCCCAUUAUCCUCCUCACGUCUUCAGGGCACUCGCCAUACGACUGUGAUGCCAUAAUAUUGGGUCCUAAGGGCUUUCACAAGCACGUAUCGAUUCCCAACUUCAAACACGACGAUGUGACAAACUUGCAUGUCACUGUUUCUCAGAGUGUUCCACGGCGUAUGGGUAGGGUACAAGAAGAGAAGAGCGGGAUGCAGUCAGUCUUGGAGGUUUUAUGGAAUAAUGUUAUUGUUCAUCUCCUUCCCACCUUGGAUUCCUUGGGUGGAGAAAGGAUCUGGUGGUGUUUGACUGGAGCCUGGGUUGGCCUACCAAUGCAUGCUGCAGGAUUAUACGACCAGGAUGGUUGUAAUCUUCCCGACCGCUACAUAUCGUCCUAUAUUCCGACGCUAUCCUCUUUGAUCAAUGCGCGACGACGUAACACAGCAAUCACCGUACCUAGGACUCUUAUCCUCGAUCAGUCGCACGAACUCCAGGAAGCCAAAGUAGAGACUCGGCUAGUGCAAAGUUUCCUACCUGACGGAUCGACAACGAGAUGGUCGAAUGAUGAGGCAGUAGUUUCCGCGGUACGGGAUAUUCUGCCGUCAUACUCAUGGGUUCACUUUGCGUGUCAUGGACAUCUCAACGAAGGAAAUCCGUUUCUGAGCGGGUUCAAGUUAUGGGACGGAGUACUCACGUUGUCGGACAUGGUGCGCGCCACACCCCAGGAUCCUCAGUUUGCGUUUCUGUCCGCGUGUAGCACAGCGAUUGCAGCCGACAGAACUCCAGAUGAGUCUCUUCAUCUUUCAGCCGCGAUGCAGUUCCUGGGUUAUCGCAGUGUCGUGGCAACGUUGUGGCCAAUGGGAGAUGCGCAGGGUCCAAUUGUCACCGAGCAUGUGUAUAAGCACCUGACGGAGAAGGGUAUUAUGGAUGUUAGACGAGCCUCUUUCGCGUUGCACUCAGCUGUGAGGGCGCUUCGUGACCAAGGAUUGUCAGUAGAACAAUGGGCGCUCUUUAUCCAUAGCGGUGUAUAGUCGUAGACGUUGUUUGAAUGAUUGUUCAAUGCUCUUCGUUAUUCAGCAGUCUUUCCUCUUUACACACUACACUCACUUCAAUCUCAUUCCCACCGUAGUAGUACAGUUUGCGCUAUUGAUAAAACUUCCAUUUACAAUUUAUUUUGGUUUCUUCACCGGUUUGGUUCCCCCUGUAUCGUUCGCUGUCUUUACAGUCGUUGUCGGAACUUUAUCUUCUCCUCUGUCUUCGAAACUAC